AUGACAACCGUGAAACCGCCUGCCAGCCGCAAAGACUUUCGUGUCGCUAUAAUAUGUGCUCUGCCUCGCGAGGCUGACGCUGUCCUCCUACUAUUCGAUCAGUUCUGGGAUGAAGUCCGUGAUCCCUAUGGCCGAGCCGAUGGAGAUCCGAAUAUUUACAUAACUGGGCGCAUGGGAGAACAUAGCAUUGUCCUAGUUGUACUUCCAGGUAUGGGCACCAUUAGCGCGGCGGCUGCAACUACUAGCUUGCGGUUGAGCUUUACGGAGCUAAGCAUCGCCUUCCUGGUUGGUAUCUGUGGCGGUGUUCCCCGUAUCGAUGGCGUCGAUGCACUUCUUGGUGAUGUAGUAGUCAGCAACACAAUCAUCGAAUACGACUGUGGUCAACUAUUUCCUGGUGGUCACUUUGCUGUAAAGAACCCAGUCGCCAAUCGCCUCAAUAGAGCUAAGAGGGAGAUCCGAACUCUGCUUGCAGCUUGCAAAGACGAGCUCAGGAAGGAACGCUUGCAAGAGGAAGCAUCGAGACACCUAGAAGCGCUACAAGAAGCAGCCAAGAAGAAGAGGAGACGCCGAGCUAAUUAUCGAUAUCCUGGAGCAGAGGAAGAUAAACUGUUUCCUCCCACAUAUACUCACAAGCAUCGGGGAGGGUGUAGUGUCUGCUCAGAUGACUCUGAAGUCUUUUGCGAGGCUGCUACUUUAGCUUCGUGUCUUGAGGCUGGAUGUGAUGCCAAAAAUCUGAUUGCGAGAGACCAUUCUCCAAGACUCACUCAAGGUAGUGGCGAAACGUUCACGCCCGAGAUCUUCAUCGGCCGUAUUGGGUCGGGCAACACAGUCAUGAAGAGCGGAGAGCAUCGUGAUCGCAUUGCUGCCGCACAAAACCUUAUAGCGUUCGAGAUGGAAGGCGCAUGUGUAGGCACAUGGAAUCAAGUUCAGUGCAUUGUUGUCAAAGGCAUCUGUGACUACGCAGACAGCCACAAGAACAAGGGAUGGCAAGACUUUGCUGCAGCUACUGCAGCAUCUGUGAUGAAGGCCAUUUUGGGAAGAUAUUCGUUGCCUGACGAAGAGCGCACUUCGACUUUGACGAAUGAAAAAGCCGUGUCUUCUGUCUCGCAAGUUGCCCAACGACGAUCUAACGGACGAAGUAUUGCGAAUAAUUCAUUCGGAGAUCAAGUCUGGAUCAACCAGGGAGAUGUGGCAGGGAACGUGACAUUUACGUAA